AUGAAGCUGAUCGUCGCAGGAUCAACCGGUUUUGUUGCCACGGAAAUCAUCCGUCAAGCUAUUCGCAAUCCCGCCAUCACCUCCAUUAUCGCACUUGCUCGUCGUGAGACUGUUCUAGACAACGGCGUUGAUACAUCGAAGCUCAAAUCGGUCAUCUGCGAUGACUUUAUUAACUACUCAGAGGAAGUGAAGAAAGAACUUGCCGGUGCUGAUGCAUGUAUCUGGACAAUCGCCGUCACGCCCUCCCAGCUCAAAUCCAUGACGCUCGAGGAAGUCAACAAGAUCUGUUACGACUAUACUGUAACAGGUAUCGAGACCAUGUCUCAGCUUGCCUCGAAAGAGAAGCCAUUCAGAUUUAUCUACAUUAGCGGCGAGAAUGGUGAGCGCGAUCAAACCAAGAAACCAUUUAUUAUGGGCGACUAUGCUUUGAUUCGUGGAAAAGCCGAAUCCUACGUCCUCAACUACGCAAAAGACUCCAAAGGAGCAGUCGUAGCUUGCUGCGCAAAGUCCGGAUUGAUUGAUGCACCAGGCAGGAUGACCUUUGCCAAAUCGAUGCUUAUGGCAGUCGUUCGGGCUGUUGUAGGUCUUGGUAAGGUUCAAGUGAGCGAGAUCGCUGCGACUUUGAUUAAUGAAGCUGUGAAUGGUAUUGGGAAAGAUACAUUGUUGAAUGAAGACUUGGUGAGGAUUGGUUCGGGGUUGUUGGAAAGUCAGAAGACGCUUUGA